AUGCCACCGCCUCCUCCUGACGCGGCCUCUCCCCGCCCGCCGUGGCUCCCGGGCAGGCCGCCCCUCGGAACGCCUUCCGCCGGCGCCGCCGCGCAUGUGCUUGAGGCCCUCGCCCGCCCGGUAGCGCCCGAGGGGACGGCGGCGAAGAGCGCGACGUCGUCGACAGGGCCCGCGCCCUCCUCCAUGGCCGGGACGCGCUGGCGCCGCGGGUUCGCCGGCCGCGCCGGGCCCGCGCCCGGCUUCGGCUCCCUGCAGGCCUCGCUGCUGCCUCCGGCCCUGGCGGGGAGACGCUACAGCCAGGAGCAGAUAUAUGAUGAAUAUCCCCCGCUCUCACAAUAUGAAUCGCCUUCAUCUCAGUCAAGCAAUGAAGAUGUGUUUCUUAUUCAUGCCCAAGGUCUGCCAUACUUGUGUACUAAAGAAGAUGUUCUUGACUUUUUUGCAGGCAUCAGGGUUCGAAAUGGAGCAAAUGGCAUAUACUUCUUCUUAAACCAAGAUGGCAAACGCAGAGGAGAUGCUUUGAUUGAAUUAGAGUCGAAAGAGGAUGUGCACAAUGCUUUAAAGAAGCAUCGACAGUAUCUGGGCCAGCGAUAUGUAGAAGUUUCUGAAGUACAUAAUGAGGAUGUUGAUGCUAUCAUGAAGAGUCUGCAGUCCAGUUCAGCAUCUGUGACCAACGACGGAGUGGUACGACUGAGAGGUCUUCCAUACAGUUGCACCGAAGCGGAGAUUUCUAAAUUCUUCUCAGGUUUAACUAUAGUGGGCAUAACUUUUGUUAUGGACCAGAUGGGAAUAAGGAAAACAGGAGAAGCGUUUGUGCAGUUUGCUACACCGGAAAUGGCUACUCAAGCCUUGUUAAAGGACAAGGAGGAAAUUGGAAGCCGCUACAUAGAAAUAUUCCCGAGCCAAAAGAGUAAAAUUCGAACCCACAAUGGUUUUUUUGGGGGUAAGAAGAUGAUGGGAUAUCCCACUAUGAAGCAAGAGCCUGAACCUGUUUUUGAGGAAAGCGAGUUGAGUGAAGCCUUGCGACCUGCUGCAGCUUAUGAAAGUGAUAAAGAAAAUGAAGUUUUGAAGCAAGCAUUUGAAACCCAUCGAGAUGUGUCAGAGGCUGGGAGUUUCUCCUCGUUUCAUUUUGUUCAUUUGAAAGGUCUGCCCUAUCACGCAACAGCCCAAAAUAUUAUAAAUUUUUUCGCUCCCCUGAAACCAGUGAGGAUCACUAUGGAAUAUAAUUCAAGUGGAAAAGCAACAGGAGAAGCAGAUGUGCACUUUGAGACACAUGAAGAUGCAGUUGCAGCCAUGGCUAAGAACAGGUCUAACAUGCAACAUAGAUACAUUGAAUUAUUCCUGAAUUCAUCACCAAGCAGGAAGAAUGGUUGCCAGUGACAAUGGCAUAAUUCCCAAAGUUUAGGAUAAAUCAAGAUGCAUUUCAUUUGCACAUUUUUCUAGAGCUGGAAUACAGGGGGUCCCUGUAACCAGAAAUGACAAAUUCUAAAGGACACUUUUUCUGAAUUGCCUUUCAAAGAAAAUCCAGCAGCUGUAUCUCAAACCCCACAAUUGUUUGUGCAGAUGUUUUAUGUAAACCAAAAUUAAAGUUGAACUGUCUGUAAAACUUUUUGCUACAGUACAUGUCAUGGUAGACCCAGGGCCAAGCUGUGAUGUACAGGUGUAGCGUAACGUGACUGGCACAGAGAGAAGCAGGUGCCGCUUUCAGGAAUGGGUAUUAACAUCAUUACCAACUUCAUUAGUUGAGUCUAGCUUUGGGGUGGGGGGAGGGGAGAAGCACUCAGACAUGUUCUGGCAGUGGGGGAGCAUGAUUCUCCAAGAUGUUUUUGAUAGUUCGACCAUGGUAAUAUAGUCAGUGGAGUUACAACUUUGCAAGUGCUGCCCAUAAAACAUAACAGCAGAGAUGCUUUAAUCAGAAUUUGUGGCAUGGGGAAGCCCCACAGUGGAGAUGGCAUGCACAAACGAGUGUGUUAUGUUACCUGCAGGGAACAGGACAGGGAAUCUGACGUAUCGGUCAUAUUUAAGAUAUACUGACUGCCAGUAAAGUGCUACAGAGAAGCUACUAAAUCUCCAGAAGGGAAGUUUUGUGUACACUAAACUUAAGUGAUAGGAAUAUUUCAUUCAGAGUGACACACAGGAAAAACAUUUCAGCCUUCAUUGAGUGGUUAUAUUAAGACUAGGGUAAUCCCAAGCAAGCAGUUUCUUAGGUGAUGCAGUGGUAGGGACAGGGCAAGGUGAAGAAGGCUGACAUCUUAGGUGAUAAUAUCUGGUUGGCUAUACUUUUUCUCUCCUGCUAAGGCUGAAACAGUGAGUUACAUCGCCUGAAAGUUUGCAGAACUCAAGUUUCUGCCCCCUGAAAGUGGAAGAGUUAGGUGCAGGAACCGCCCAAGUGGAGGAACCCCCCCCCCCAUCCCGAAAUCCACCAGAAGGGCUUUCUGUGAGUGAGACACUGCCUGCUAGCAUGAUGUCCUUAUUGGAUGCAGCUUGAUACAAAGACACAUAAAUUUUGCAGGAUGGUAUAUGUAAAACCAAUCUCCAGAUAAGCAUAUAAUUGUUGCUACUACCAUUUGGGCAGAAAAAUUAAAAAUGCUACUAUCCAUGCAUCAAUUUUGGACCUAAACCAGGGUAAAUCCGGAGAAGUUUGCCGGAUAGUCUUCGUAUAUCCCUACUAUUUUUUCAGGCUCUUGAAAAAGCAGUUUUAUUGCACAUAGCUUGCUGCUGAUGUGACAAAAUGGCAGUUCUGUAUUAUUAGAAUUAGGAAGGGGCUGCUGUGUUCCACAGGCAAAGCUGCGACUUGAGACCCAGCUCACCGCUGCUGUGUACUGUGAUAAGUAGAUGUUAAGCAUUGCUUAUUAGUUUUGCCUGUCUGAUCAUCAAGUCAAUGUAUAACUAAUAAAUGAAAGCAUAUUUCUUAAUGCAGA